AGCGGGGGCGCAGCCAGCGGGGCUUGUGUAACUUUGCGAGCGUGCCAGCGAGUUUAAAGUCCCUGCUCUCCUCCUCCUCCUCCUCCUUCCCUCGCUGCAGACGCCCGCGCGGGCCGGAGGACGGUGAGAGGCUGGUUGUUUGCUCCGGCUCCCAUUCGCACCCCCUCGCCUAUAAAUACCGCGGAGAAGAGGAGCCGCUCCCGCCGCCUCCCCCGGGCCGGGCUCCCUCCCGACGGCCCGACCUGCCCGAUGGCACCGCCCGGCUGCCGCCGCUGCUGAGCGACCGGGUGCCCCCCGCCUUUCUUCCUCCUCAUCAUCCUCAUCCUCCUCCUCGGCUCCCGGCCCUCCCCCGGCACCGGGGCGCCCAUCGCCCUCCUCUCGCCCCCCCGUUCUCAGCCGCCUGCCCCCGCUGCGAGCGCCGAGAAGAUGCAUUUCGCCCGGCCGGGGCUCCUGCUCGCCCAGCUCCACGCGUGCAUCUAUUGGAGCUGCCUCCGGCCCGCCGGCUGCCAGCAGCAGCAGCAGCACCAGCAGCAGCAGCCGCCGCCGCCGCGCCGCCCCGCCGCCGCCCCGCCGCCCCCCGCCGCCUGGAGGCAGCGUAUCCAGUGGGAGAACAACGGGCAGGUGUACAGCCUGCUCAGCCUCGGCUCCCAGUACCAGCCCCCGCGGCGCCGGCUGGCGGCCGAGCCGGCGGGCAGCCCCAUCCUGCUGCUCCGCAACAACGCCACGCUGCCGCGGGGCGCCGCCGACCGCCCGCCGGCCGCCGCGCACCCGCAGCCCGACGGCGGCACCCGCGGCUCCGGCGCUCGCCACUGGUUCCAGGCCGGCUAUCAGCCGCUCUCCGCCGGCGGCCUGCUCCCCCCCGGCAGCCCCCGAGGCGGCAGGGAGGAUGUGAUGGUGGGCGACGACCCGUACAACCCGUACAAGUACACGGACGAUAACCCCUACUACAACUACUACGACACCUACGAGAGGCCCCGCCAGGGCAGCAGGUACAGGCCCGGCUACGGCACCGGGUACUUCCAGUACGGUCUCCCUGACUUAGUCCCGGAUCCCUAUUACAUCCAGGCGUCCACGUACGUCCAGAGGAUGUCCAUGUAUAACUUGAGAUGUGCUGCCGAGGAGAACUGCCUGGCAAGUUCAGCUUAUCGAGCAGAUGUUAGAGACUACGACAAUCGAGUGCUCCUGAGGUUCCCCCAAAGAGUGAAAAAUCAAGGCACAUCGGACUUCCUACCAAGCAGACCCCGUUAUUCAUGGGAGUGGCACAGCUGUCACCAACAUUAUCACAGCAUGGAUGAAUUCAGUCACUAUGACUUGUUGGAUGCGAGCUCACACAGAAAAGUUGCUGAAGGACACAAAGCAAGUUUCUGUCUUGAAGAUACCUCCUGUGAUUACGGGUAUUAUAGACGAUAUGCAUGUACAGCACACACGCAGGGAUUGAGCCCUGGCUGUUACGACACUUAUAAUGCUGACAUAGAUUGCCAGUGGAUUGAUAUCACAGAUGUGAAACCUGGAAAUUACAUUCUGAAGGUCAGUGUAAACCCCAGCUACUUGGUACCUGAAUCCGAUUACUCCAACAAUAUAGUACGCUGUGAUAUACGCUAUACUGGCCACCAUGCAUAUGCCUCUGGCUGUACAAUUUCACCGUACUGAGAAGGAUGCAAGAAAAUGGAUGAGACAGAGCCAAAUGUUUUGAACUGAAGUAUCAUUAUAUAAAUUUCGAUAGGAUGUAAACACUAUAGAAGCAAAACUACAGAACACACACAUAUAUACCCACACACAUCAUGUGAUUUUGAAGCACAUCAGCUGCUUCUCAACAAAAUCUGUAACUGGAUUUUAAGCAUUUGAAUUGGCAUUACUUUUUUAACUAUUGAAAUGUGUGGAACUGGUGAUUCAUCCACAGAUAAAUUUUGAAAUUCUAACUCAUUAGUAAAAUCAUGAGCAUUUUUUAACUCCUGCAAAUUUGGAGUUCAGGUGAUAAAUAGACUUCAGUCAGAAUAUUACUGUUGAACGUAUUCUAAAAAGUAGCAAAACUUUAUGUAAAAUGAAUUAAAUAAAAUGCAAUAGAAAGUACUAAUGUCGGCUAUCUCAGAAAAUACCAGAAUGAAAAACAGCUUGAGAGUAAUGCUGCAGUAACCAUUAAAAUAAAACUUGCUAGGACACGUUGAUACGAAUGAGAAAAGUAUGUUCAGUUUUCAAGGGAUAUUAACAUAUAGCAAAGAAAUACAUAUCUAUCUAUCUAUCUAUCAGUUAUACCCCUGCAAGAAAAGUUAUGUUUACAUUUUUAAUACAUUAGAAGUUUUACCGUUUUCUUAAGUCAAAAACAGAUGGGGUUUUGAAAGAAACCUUUCAUCAGUAGAAAUGAAUUAAAGAACUUAUCCACCUUUCUAUGCUGUAGAGAUUUUUCAAGGUGGGGCUUUUAAAAGACUUCUGCACACGUAAUGUGGAUAAAAAUGAAUACCUGUCGAGAAGAGGGCUCUUAGAGGUGACAAAGAGUCCCUGGUGUAGUCAUCUGUGAGAAACAACCAGCUUGAACAGGUUAACCAUCAAAAUAAUACAGGCAGUUAACUCAGGUGGCACCAUAAAAAGAAGUAGGUCAGAAUCUCUAAAAAGGUAUUUUUAUCAUGAAGAAGCUUACUGCCUGCUUCCCCCUGAAGUACUGUACUUGGCUUUUAAAAUUUAUAUCUCAGUAGUCAAGCAAUGAAGUUGAAAAUAUACUAUAUAGAGAGGGAGAGCAAAAGUCAAUAUAUUAAAUAUCCUACCUUAGGCUGUUCAGGAACCAAAUACAACAUUGUUAAGGGGAAGAAUUUCCAGCCCAAAUUAAAGUUUUCACUGAACGUCUUACUGGUGCUGGGUACACUACCCCUCCUCCCAUCCCCAAAUCAUUUUGCUUUUGCAGUGCACCCUGCUGUAAGCUACAGUAGCUGUGAUUUUGUUUUUAAACUGUGAAAUAACAUAUCACAAGGGGAUCUCAUGCUUUUUUUCAGAUUUCAGAUCAUAUAAAAUGAAGAAUCUACUUUUGAAACAAAGUGACCUAGAAGUAUUGAUUGGUAUUGGUUGUGUUUAAUCAGCAGUUCGAAACACCUAAUGAGACAUGAAAGCUCGGUAUCUUGAUUUCUUGAGUUUUUUAAGUACACGUGCUAUUCAAUAUAGUUAAAAAGGAAAAAUCUGAGGAAUAUGGAGAGAUUUUCUUACCAGUAUUGAGAAUACUUCAGGCAGUAUUUGGAAAUAUUUUUUGAAAUAGAACCCUAUGAAUUAAAUUUGGAAGUUUUAUCUCAAUUAUCAUAAUAUCCUUUAAGGAUCAGCUUGUUUUUUACUGCAUAUAUUUAUUUCAAGAGUAUAAAGUAUUUCCACCUUAAUCAUAACUAGGUUACAAACUUGUCCAACUAAUGGAUAUACUGAAAAGAGAGUCUAAGAACCAACAACCAAGUGAUUACUACCCCAAAUUUGAAGUGUGUCCUGAAUAGAAUUUAGACUGCAGGUCCCUUUUUGUUUGUUCAGAGAUCCAUUUUAGCAAUCAGUCACCAGUAUGGCACCAAACAGGAGCAAAAUUUGGAAACUAGAUUUAUUAGAAAGCCAUUUAUUACAUGUGUCUGCAAAGUGAGGGCCUGAUGAAAGCUCAGGCUUCUGAAAUCUCAGCUCAAAGAGUUUUUAAGAUUAGGAUUUAAGGGAUGCAAGUGCAUUCACCUUUCUAGAAACUUAGGUCAGAACUGGGGUGAAGGUCCUGAUAGCAGCUUGGGCAAUGGACACACAAGCUACUACUGUAAUGGAAGCUAAGCUGUGGGCACAGACUGCUUCCUGGUAAGAGUUUGUGUGCUCUUACCUCAUUGUGCCUGACACUGAAUGUGGGACAAGAAACUAACUGGACACAGAGCAGCUGAGGAGUUUCUCCCUCAGCUUUCUAGGAAGUAACCUGCUCGCAUGUCUAUACCCAAACUACUUGCAGAACUCCACUGAAGUGAGCAAGUAGCCAGAGGAGGUUAAGCAUCUGUGUAGGUGGAGCAAGUUGUAAUACUGGACUUAAGACAUUUCAAUGGGAAUGGCCUGGUUCGGAAAGGUGUUUAACGCCAUAACUUUGAGUAUUGGGGAUAUUGUGGCUACAGAGAUGUAGCUCUUUUCCGUAGCAAAAUAUUUUUUACUUGUUUUAAAGUGUGUGUUAAGGAACAUGACAGUAAUAUACGAUAGCACAAACAUUGCCUAAGAUAACAUGAACAGUCUAUUCAGAAAAGCAAGAGAUUUUAGGAUUAAAAAAAAUGAAGAAAUAUGACUUUAACUUACCCUAUUUAACUAUAGCUAAUCACAAUGCAGUAGAAGAGUUGAUCAUAUAGCAUGUGUAGAAGUAUUUCUAAAUAGGGGAGCGCCAACCAGAAUUUUUAGUAUCUUGGCUCUGCAGUUUUGUCCCAGACUUCUUAACUGACUGUUUUCAUGCUGGAAUAUAUUUAAGAAAUUACAUGCAUUUUUGUUGAAAAACAUUUAUAAAAAAAUGUUUUGAUAAAACCUUAUUUUAUAAAGCAAAUUAUGUUUUGGAAUCCUUUUUUACAAGACAUUGGGCUUAUUUCUAUCAUCUUUGAAAGGGAUCUACUGUUGGUCUCAGUGGGAGCAGUAUCAAACAAAUUUUGUGAGAAAUCCAGUAUAAAAUUGCUGUCAUGUAGUCUCAGAUCUUUGAAAAGACAAAAUGUUUAGUAUGUGUGUGAAGCAAUUGCCUUCCACAUUUCAAGUCUUUAGGUAAAAACUGCACGUAAGGAACAUACUAUGUACCAGACUCAUUACAGAAGGGGUUCGUUAAGUAUUUUUUUUUAAUCCUGAAAUAUAUUUGGUAUUUGCAUAUUUCUAGACAAAAGUAACAAAAAUGACAGAUUGGUCACCAUCUGAACCAACAUAUUGUGUAGAUGAUGUUUUUGUGUUAGUAAAAGUCUAUUCGUUUUUCUCUCUGCUCCAGUUUACUAUGCAGUGUUGAAUGGGUACAAACACCAAAAUGUGCAUUCUUUGUCAUUUAUGUGUUGUUUAUAUUGUACUCAUUCAGACCAGCAUGGUGAAUUUCAUAAAUGAGACAUCAAAAGGUGGUUUAUCCUGUGUCUCACAUUUAUGCUGACAUGGCAUUUUCAUUUUCUCCAAAUCAUAAAAGGUGCUGAAAGGUUUUAACUUGAAUUAAAACCAAAAAGUGUGUUAUGGGGAGGUUUUUAUUACGCAACUAAUUGCUACAGAUACAGUGAAAUGCCACUUAUUUUUGCAACUUUUUUUUUUUUUAAGUUUUCAUUAUUUUCUUCACUUCUCUUCCAAGAGUCUUAAUUUCAAAAAACUUUGCAUCUUUAUCUGAAGAGCUCUUAUUUAUAAUAUUCAGACACUAGCUUUGUAUUCUUUAUUGCACUUUCAUAUUCUUGUGUUACAUGCCCGUAUUAUGGUUGCAAAUUUAUGUGAAAAUGACUUGAAUAAAGUUUUUCAAGCGUUC